AUGGAUUCGCAAGGGCGGAAGGUUAUCGUCGUCGAUAACGGAACAGGUUUCGUGAAAUGCGGGUACGCCGGAACCAACUUUCCAGCUCACAUAUUCCCGUCGAUGGUGGGACGUCCGAUUGUAAGAUCGACGCAACGAGUUGGAAAUAUUGAAAUUAAGGACUUGAUGGUAGGCGAAGAAUGUUCGCAGCUCCGUCAAAUGCUUGAUAUCAAUUAUCCGAUGGACAACGGAAUAGUUCGGAAUUGGGACGAUAUGGGACACGUGUGGGAUCACACAUUCGGUCCAGAGAAGUUGGAUAUCGAUCCAAAGGAGUGUAAGCUUCUGUUAACGGAGCCACCACUCAAUCCGAACAGCAAUCGCGAGAAAAUGUUUCAAGUGAUGUUUGAACAGUACGGAUUCAACUCGAUUUAUGUCGCUGUUCAGGCCGUACUCACAUUGUACGCUCAAGGUCUUUUGACUGGAGUCGUCGUGGAUUCGGGAGACGGUGUUACUCACAUCUGUCCGGUUUACGAAGGAUUCGCGCUUCACCAUCUAACGAAGCGGUUGGACAUCGCUGGAAGAGAUAUGACGAAGUAUCUCAUAAAGCUUUUGCUUCAACGCGGAUAUAACUUCAAUCACUCCGCCGACUUUGAAACCGUCCGUCAAAUGAAGGAGAAGUUGUGCUAUGUUGCGUACGACGUCGAGCAAGAACAACGAUUGGCUCUCGAAACGACUGUUCUCUCACAACAAUUCACACUACCAGAUGGUCGUGUGAUUCGUCUCGGUGGAGAGCGAUUCGAAGCGCCCGAAAUUCUCUUUCAGCCACAUCUGAUUAAUGUGGAGAGGCCUGGUCUAUCGGAGUUGCUUUUCGGAUGUAUUCAAUCAAGUGAUAUCGAUACUCGUCUCGAUUUCUACAAGCAUAUCGUUCUUUCCGGCGGAACAACCAUGUAUCCCGGAUUGCCAAGUCGUCUCGAGAGGGAGUUGAAACAAUUGUAUUUGGAUCGUGUAUUGCACGGAAAUACAGAUGGCUUCCAGAAGUUCAAAAUUCGAAUCGAAGCACCUCCAAGUCGAAAACACAUGGUGUUCCUCGGUGGAGCAGUGUUGGCGAAUCUCAUGAAGGAUCGUGACGACGACUUCUGGGUGUCUAAGAAGGACUACGAAGAGGGCGGCAUUUCGAGAUGCAUGGCUAAACUCGGAAUCAAGACCUAA